AUGAGAAGAUGCUUUGUUUCAGUGCUUGGAAGGAUGGAUCUAUUUGCAAUAGACUCAGACAGUGAGUCAUACGCUGAAACAAGUGACAGUGAAGAAGAUCAAGAAGAAUGUGAACUUACUUACUGUGGUCAUGCCCAGAACAUCUUGUCCAGCUUGGACGAGAGCAUUGGAAAGAUUGAUAACUUUUUAAGUUUUGAAAGAGGGUUUCUGCAUGGAGACAUAGUUUGCUCAGCGGCUGACCCGUCUGGUCAACUGGGCCGUGUAGUUGAAGUUGACAUGUUUGUAGACUUGGAGACAAGCUCCAGUGACAUAAUAAAACAUGUCAACAGCAAGAAACUUUCAAGAGUUAGAUCCUUUGUUUCGGGUGAUUGUGUGGUGAUGGGACCAUGGAUUGGACGGGUGAUCAGGGCAUUUGACCUGGUCACCGUUGUAUUCAAUGACGGGGCAAGGUGUGAAAUGCUGUUGAGGGAUUCGGAGGUACUGAAGCCCAUUCCUCCAAUCCUUUUUGAAGAUGCACCCUAUUUUUACUAUCCAGGCCAACGUGUGAGUAUUGUUCAUCCCUCCAUUUCAAAGUCGGGUACAUGGUUGUGUGGAUCAUGGAAAGCCAGUAGAGAUGAAGGAGUUGUGUCUCAUGUCGAUGUUGGGUUGGUCCAUGUGAACUGGAUCACCUCAGUAACAAAUGUUUGGGGGGGUCAAUCAUCAAGUCCUCCAAGCUUUCAGGACCCAAAGAAGCUCACCUUGCUUUCAUGCUUCCCUUACGCCAACUGGCAAUUGGGUGACUGGUGCACUCUUUCAGAUCACGAAGGAAGCCUCUGGGAAAAUUCUGACAAAUCUUGCUUCAUGAGUACACCCUGGAAGUCCAGCUCUGACACUCAAAAGGCUUUCGGUACUUAUGGUUCAGAUUAUUCUCAAACAUAUGUUGUUGCGAAGACAAAGAGCAGUGUUGGUGUUUUAUGGCAAGAUGGAAGUACAUCUCUUGGUUUAGAACCUCAAAGUUUGGUUCCUGUGAGCACUCUUGGUGAUCAUGAUUUCUGGCCUGGGCAAUUUGUUCUUGAGAAACUGACGGUUGAGGAUAAUGGUAGAUGCCAACGGACUGGGAUAGUGACAAGUGUAGAUGCACUUGAGCGGACUGUAAAGGUAAAAUGGGCUAUUUCAGUUGAUAGUGAUACUGCCAGUUCUGGAGAUGGACCGACUGAGGAGACUGUGAGUGCUUACGAGCUAGUAUUACACCCAGAUUUCUCCUUCUGCACUGGUGAAAUUGUUAUCAGGUCAGCUGUGAACAUAGAAAAUUCUGAAGCAAAUCCCACCAAUGGAACCGCAGCAGUUAGCAGGAGGAGCUUAGAUAACUCAGCCUUCUUAUCAUGUAUUGGCAAAGUUCUUGGGUACAAGGAUGAAGGACUUGAAGUCCAAUGGGCUAGUGGUGUGAUAUCUAAGGUUCAGCAUUUUGAAGUUAUUGCAUUGGAUAGGAUUCUAGAUGAUUCUCUAGAUUCCGUGAUUGAGGAACAUACAACUGAUGAUUUGGUAGACAUGGCUGAUCAGGAGAAAAUGCACCUUGAGGAUACAAAGAAUGAUCUGGAAGAGUCUCCUGGAGACUGCACUGGAUCCUUGUGCAAAGCCACUGCUUUCCUCUUUCCCAGGACAGCUUUUGAAUUUCUGACAAACGUGGCUUCUAGUUUGUUUGGUGCUCACGAUUCAACGUCUUCCAAUUCAGUCACUGUAGACCCUCAGUAUAAAAUUGUGACGACAGCAGAACUGCAGCCAUCUCCAGAAGAUCUCUCAGAAGAGAAACAUGCCAUGGAGUUGUUGUCAGGGAUUGAGAAGCCAGCAUUAUCUUCAGAAAAUAUCAUGCGAUUUGAUGUUGUAACCGACUGCUCUGAUCAUCACUUUGUCAAAGAAAAUGGCCACGAAAAUGUCAAAAGAGGUUGGGGGAAGAAGAUACAGCAGGAAUGGACAAUAUUAAAAAAUGAUCUGCCAGAUGGUAUUCAUGUUAGAGUUUAUGAAGAAAGGAUGGACCUCCUGAGGGCUUGCAUUGUAGGUGCAGCUGGAACACCUUACCAUGACAAUCUUUUCUUCUUCGAUAUUUUAUUUCCUCCUGAUUAUCCUCAUGAACCACCUUCUGUUCACUACCACUCUGGUGGCCUUCGUUUGAACCCCAACUUGUAUGAGUCAGGCAAAGUGUGUCUCAGCCUGCUCAAAACAUGGGCAGGAACUGGUAAUGAAGUGUGGAACCCUGAAAAUUCGACUGUUCUUCAACUGCUGCUAUCCCUUCAGGCUCUUGUUCUCAAUGAAAAGCCUUACUUCAAUGAGGCUGGCUAUGACAAAUUCAUGGGGAAAGCAGAUGGAGAGAAGAAUUCCAUCACUUACAAUGAGAAUGCUUUCCUGCUGUCGUGCAAGUCCAUGACGUAUAUUUUACACAAGCCACCAAAGCAUUUUGAGAAGUUUGUUGAGGAGCACUUCACCUGUCGUGCACCGCACAUUCUGGAUGCUUGCAAGGCUUAUCUUGGCGGCGAUCUUGUUGGACAUGCGCGGGACAGUGCAUACAUAUCAGACGAUGGAUGCAAGAACUCCUCAACCGGUUUCAAGAUCAUGCUUGGCAAGCUCUUGCCGAAGCUCGUUGCCACCUUCUCUGAAGCUGGCAUCCCCUGCAGCCUGUGACUCAUAGAAUUGUGUUUGUUUACACUGGUGUUGUAUAUUUGCGACAAAAUUGGGAACACCUAUAUAUACCAGUAUGCUGUAUGUAUAUGUGCAAGAUUUGUGUGUACCCAAAUAAAAUGCUGCCUAGGUUGUAUGGUGCUUACACUGUGCUGUGUAUGUUGUGUGGUAGAGGCAGCUGAUGUGGUUGGGUUUGUGGGUCAGUUGUAUCUUGAGUAUGUGAAGUGUAAUGUAAAAUUGUAAGUGUGCUUAUCUGAAAUUCUAAAUGGUAGCUGCCUGUACAGUCUGACAGAGCAGCUAUCUGCUGUAAUUGUACCAUGGAGUACUUGGGAUAUUGCAUUGUGAAAUAUGAACACAGCUGGUAUCUGUA